UCCGGUUUGUGGCGGAAGUAUCGGAUCAAACCCGGAAAACGGUGCAUGUUGCGUCAGACAACAGAGAGUCCGCGAGGAUUCAUGUGCAAGCUGACGUCCUCCUUCUGUUUCAUUUGAAAAGAGAUGGCAGCUCUCUUCGUGUCCCCUCACCCUGAUGACUUCAGGAGCCUUCUGGCUCUCGUGGCUGCAGAGUUUAGCUCCUCCCGCCCGCGGACUCUCACAGAGGAGCCUCCUGCGUCCCUGGAUGCCCGCUCCAGACCCAUCCUGGUGCUGGACGCCCGGGAGGGGGGCGUGGUUCUGAGCGGGGCCAGCGCCGUGUCCUGGUACCUGGCCAAUCAGGGGAAGAGAGCUGGUGUCGACCCAAAGCAGCAGAGCCAGGUGUGGCAGUGGCUCAGCUUUGCAGACAAUGAACUCACCCCGGUGUCCUGUGCUGUGGUCUUCCCACUCAUGGGGAUGACGGGAGUGGAGAAGAAGCUCCAGCAGAGUUCCCGCGCUGAGUUGAUCCGCCUUCUGAAGGUUCUCGACAAAGCACUGGAACCGAGAACCUUCCUGGUGGGGGAGAGCAUCACCCUGGCCGAUAUGGCUGUAGCGACCGCGGUUCUUCUCCCUUUUAAAUACGUGUUGGAGCCCUCAGACAGGAAAGUCUUGACCAAUGUUACGCGGUGGUUUACAACGUGCACAAAUCAGCCACAGUUCCUGAAGGUGUUGGGGAAGACCACUCUUUGUGAGAAGAUGGUGCCAGUUACACUAAAUACGAACCCUCCUCCGAAUGCUAAAGCUGCUAAUGCCGGUCCUGCUGGUGAUCCUGCUGAUGCCACAGCUAAUGGCCCACCAAAGACAGAAGCUCAGCUGAAGAAGGAAGCUAAGAAGAAAGAAAAGUUGGAAAAGUUCCAGCAGAAGAAGGAUACGGAGGCAAAGAAAAAGACUCAGCCAUCAACAGAGAAAAAGCCUAAACCGGAGAAGAAGGAGUUGGGAGUGAUCACAUACAGUGUUCCCACUGCUGCUGGGGAGAAAAAAGAUGUCAUCAGCCCGCUUCCUGACUCUUACAGUCCUCAGUACGUGGAGGCUGCCUGGUAUCCAUGGUGGGAGAAGAAGGGAUUCUUCAAGCCGGAGUACGGGAGGAAGAGUAUUAGUGACCCGAAUCCCCGUGGCGUCUUCAUGAUGUGCAUCCCUCCCCCCAAUGUGACAGGAUCACUCCACUUGGGUCACGCACUCACCAACGCCAUUCAGGACUCUCUGACUCGAUGGCACAGGAUGCGAGGUGAAACCACCUUGUGGAACCCGGGCUGUGAUCACGCUGGUAUCGCCACACAGGUGGUGGUAGAAAAAAAGCUGAUGAGAGAGAGGGGCAUGAGCCGCCAUGAUCUGGGGAGGGAAAACUUCAUCAAGGAAGUCUGGAAUUGGAAAAACGAGAAGGGAGACCGCAUCUACCACCAGCUGAAGAAGCUGGGCUCCUCUCUGGACUGGGACAGAGCCUGCUUCACUAUGGACCCGAAACUGUCCUAUGCAGUUCAGGAGGCCUUUAUCCGCAUGCAUGACGAGGGAGUGAUUUACAGGAGCAAGCGUCUGGUCAACUGGUCCUGCACGCUAAACUCCGCCAUCUCUGACAUAGAGGUGGAUAAGAAGGAGCUCACAGGCAGGACUCUGUUGCCUGUCCCUGGGUACAAAGAGAAAGUGGAGUUUGGUGUGCUGGUGUCUUUUGCCUACAAGGUGGAUGGAUCAGACGAGGAAGUGAUUGUGGCAACAACUCGUAUUGAGACGAUGUUGGGAGACACUGCUGUGGCUGUCCACCCUGAUGACUCCAGGUAUCAGCACCUGAAGGGGAAAAUGGUGCUGCAUCCCUUCUGUGACCGCAAGAUGCCGAUUGUCUUCGAUGACUUUGUGGACGUGAGCUUUGGAACAGGUGCUGUCAAAAUCACCCCAGCUCAUGACCAUAAUGACUACGAGGUUGGAGAGAGACACAAUCUGGCCUUCAUCAACAUUUUGGAUGAAAAUGGCCUGCUCAUUAACGUGCCCCCUCCUUUCCUGGGCAUGAAGCGUUUUGAGGCCAGGAAGACUGUGCUGCAGGCUCUCAAGGACAGAGGGCAUUUUAAAGAGAUCAAAGACAACCCUAUGGUUGUCCCAGUCUGCAGUCGUUCAAAGGACAUUGUGGAGCCGCUGCUGAAGCCGCAGUGGUAUGUGAACUGCACGGAUAUGGGCAAGCAGGCCGCAGACGCUGUGAGAGAGGGACGGCUCAAAAUCAUCCCUGAUCACCACCUCAAGACGUGGUUCAACUGGAUGGACAACAUCAGGGACUGGUGCAUCUCUCGGCAGCUUUGGUGGGGUCACCGCAUUCCUGCAUACUUCAUCACUGUCAGCGAUGCCUCCGUGAAACCCGGAGAAGACACGGAUGGUCAUUACUGGGUGAGUGGGAAGUCUGAGGAGGAGGCCAGGGAGAAAGCAGCAAAACGCUUCAAUGUGUCUGCUGACAAAGUAACCCUCAGACAAGAUGAGGAUGUUCUGGACACUUGGUUCUCGUCUGGCAUUUUCCCCUUCUCUAUCUUCGGGUGGCCUAAUGAGACCCAGGACCUGAAUGUGUUCUACCCUGGCACCUUGCUGGAGACGGGUCAUGACAUCCUGUUCUUCUGGGUUGCUCGUAUGGUGAUGAUGGGCCUCAAACUGACCGGCAAAUUGCCCUUCAAAGAGGUCUAUCUGCAUGCAGUGGUGAGGGACGCCCAUGGAAGGAAAAUGAGCAAAUCUCUGGGCAACGUCAUUGACCCUCUGGAUGUGAUUACAGGGAUCUCCCUCGAGGGUCUUCAUGCCCUGUUGGUCGACAGUAACUUGGAUCCUCUGGAGGUGGAGAAGGCAAAGCAGGGCCAGACGUCCGACUACCCAAAUGGCAUCCCGGAGUGUGGCACAGAUGCUCUCCGGUUCGCCCUAUGUGCCUACACUGGCCAAGGUAGAGAUAUCAACCUGGAUGUCAACCGCAUCCUUGGUUACCGUCACUUCUGCAACAAACUGUGGAACGCUGUGAAGUUUGCAAUGAAGACACUGGGAGACAACUUUGUACCCUCGGAGAAGGCCCAGCUGUGUGGAGACGAGAGUGUAUCAGACAGGUGGAUUCUGUCUCGACUGAGUGCCGCUGUCGGUCUCUGUGACGCUGGCUUCAAGGCCUACGACUUCCCAACCAUCACGACGGCCAUUUACAACUUCUGGCUGUACGAGCUGUGCGACGUCUACCUGGAAAGUGUGAAACCAGUGCUCGGUAAAUCAGAGGAAGACGGCACCAGCCAGCGCCUGGUGUGCAGACAGACCCUCUACACCUGUCUAGAAGUCGGCCUGCGCCUUCUGUCUCCUGUGAUGCCCUUCGUCAGUGAGGAACUAUAUCAGAGGUUACCACGGCGACGACCUCACAGCGAUCCACCCAGCAUCUGUGUCACAUCCUACCCCGACACAGAGGUGUUCUGUUGGCACAGCGCGGAGGUCGACCGUGACAUGGAGUUCGUGAUGACUGUGAUCAAGACGAUCCGGUCACUGAGAGCCGACUACAACCUGACCAAGACCAGAGCUGACUGCUACCUCCAGUGCAUCGACGCUGCGACUGUGUCCCAGGUGCAGAAGUACAGUCUGCCAAUUCAGACCUUGUCGUAUUCUCAGGCCGUCAUCGCGGUGACUGCUAACCAGCCCGUCCCAGGAGGCUGUGCUGUGGCAAUCGCCUCUGACAGAUGCACGGUCAACCUCAUGCUCAAGGGUCUCAUCGAUGUGGAUAAGGAAGUGGCUAAGUUGAUGACAAAGAAAGGUGAAUUGGAGAAACAGAUGGAAAAAUUGAGAGGGAAGAUGGCAAAGAGUGACUACAAGGAGAAGGUGCCAGUGAAGGUGCAGGAGCAAGAUGCUGAGAAGCUACGUCAGACCCAAACUGAACUUGAAAAAGUAAAUGAAGCAGUGGACAACUUCAGGAAAAUGAUAUGAAUUCCACUUUUGCAUCAUUGUAAAUCAGGAUUUAUUUUCACGUCUUAGUUGAUUGUUGUGGUGAGGGA